GCGGGGCCCACUGCGGGGCCGCCGGGUCGCGGGGAUCGUGAGCUUGGAGCUCCAGAUGGGGUGGCUGGCGACAUGGCUCUAGUUGCCCUGCGGAGAGGCCUGAGUCGGGGGUGUCUCGCUGCUGUGACGAGCCGGUCAUCGAGUGCUGCCCCUGAGGCUGCCAAGAGACGACGUCUGUGCUGGAGGGGCUCCUCCAGUGCCCGGGCCUUCCAUGCUGAGCGGGGAAACACACCUUGGCCUGCCAGCCAGCCAGUGGCAUCUUCCCCGGCGCAGGACCCCAAUGGGCCUGCAGCCACUGCUGGGCAUGCAGAGCAGCAGAAGGGCCCCAGGACCUUGGGAGUGGAGCUGAGCCCUGAGCUGGAGUUGCCACCCUGUGCCCCAGGGGCUCUGCAGCACAUCUGGGAGGACCCUGCCCUGGGGGCCCCGUUUGGCCAGGAGGCUCCCUGCCUGACCAACUCCGAGCUGCUGAGGGCGCUGCAAGCCCAGGCUCGGCUCGGGGCAGACGCUCCAAGUGGCGUGUUGGGGGCCUUGGUGGCCGAGUGUCAACGCCGGCUCCAGCAGGGGGCCCUGGCAGCCCCCGAGCUGUGUGUGCUGGGGGAGAGCCUGGCUGAGCUGCGGGGCCCUGGGCACGCCCUGCUCCAGCAGAUUGGGAGGCAGCUGCAGGGCGCAAAGCUGGCCGAGCUCAGCCCGGAGAACGUGGUGGCCGUCUAUGGGCUCCUGCAGACGUGUCCUCAUCUCGUGGACCAGCACCCGGCACUGCUGGGCCGGCUGAACGCCAUCGCACUGACCGUUGUCCCCUGCCUGGGCCCAAAGGCCCUCAGCCAGCUGCUCGGGGCCCUGGUGGCCCUGGACCAGGCGCAGGCGCUGCCUCUGGUGAUCAGGCUGGGCCGGCACGCCGUCGGGCACCUCCGGCGCUUCACUGGCCAGCAGCUGGGCCUCGUCUUGGAGGCCUUCAUCCACUUCGGCCACCAUGACCGGUUUUUCACGCAGGCCCUGGAGCAGCAUGUGGCCGCGCGUCCGCCGACGCUGAGCCCCGAGGUGCUCUGCAGAGUCACCGAGUACUGUGGCCGGAAGCGCAUCCUGUCUGAGCCCAUCCUGGCCGCCGCCGCUGAGAGCUUUGUGUGCCAAGCGGACAGGCUCUCUUCUUACCAGGUGGCCGCCCUGCUGGCACCCUUGGGCCAGCUCAACUACUCCCCCCCCAAUGCCCCCACCUUGUUCAGGAAGCUGGAGAGCACCCUUCAGGAGCGCUUCUGUGACUUCCCGCCCCGGACGCUGCUGGGCCUCCUCCACUCCUGCUCGCUGGCCGGCCGCCACCCAGUCAACUUCAUGGCCAGGAUAUUCAGCCCCUAUUUCCUCCAGCAGCUGCAGGGAACAGAAUCCCGCUUGGACAGGCUGAGCCUGGCACAGCUAACCCAGCUCUUCCUCAGUGCUGUCCUGGAGUGUCCCUUCUACAAGGGCCCCAAACUGCUUCCUAAAUACCAGGUGAAGUCCUUUCUCACCCCGUGCUGCUCACUGGAGACCCCCGUGGACUUCCCCCUGUACAAGUCAGUGAUGGCCGGGCUGAUCGACCUGCUCGGGGCAAGACACUAUUUCGCCUCAAAGGUGCUGACACCCUAUGGCUACACCAUCGAUGUGGAGAUCAGGUUCGACAAGGAGGGCUUUGUGCUGCCGGGACCCUUGGCGGAGGACGUCCACAAAAGGGUGGCCCUGUGCAUCGAUGGUCCCAGGAGGUUUUGUGUGAACAGCAAGAACCUGCUGGGGAAAGAAGCUAUGAAGCAGCGGCACCUGCGGCUACUUGGCUACGAGGUCGUGCAGAUACCAUGCCACGAGGUUGAGAUGCUGAAAUCAAGGCCGGAGCUGGUGGACUAUUUGCAGAGCAAACUGUUCCCACAGGGCCGUGAGCCCCACUGGUGAGAGGAGGGGUCUGGAAAAGAGGAGGCACUCUCGGGACCCCUGGUGCUAUAGGGCCUGUGUGUGCUGCUGCUCCUGUAAGGGGCCUGUGGGCUGCACACAGGCGAGCCCACCAUGUCGGAGGCAGGCGCCUUCAGGCAGCCUCCAGUCUCAGCGCUGCUGGCUGGGUGCCGGCACUCCAGGGGCUGAUGCAUCUUCCACUGUCAUCAUGUGCGGUUAGGGAAGCAGGCCUCCGCUGCUGGGAUUUGUUGGAGCGAGCAGUAUGGGAAGGAGGCCAAGGAGGGCAGUGGCGGCAGCCUGCAGUCAGUGAGUGCUCGGCAUCCACCCCCAGACGGUGCAGGUUUAAGCCGAAGUCGCCCUGCAGCAGGUGUUCAGUGCUGUCCAGUCAGCUCAGACCCAGGGCGGGCCUGCCCAACAGAAAUGAAGCACCGCCCCGUCCUGCACCGUCCUCACAAUUGUUAAUAUCGCUUGUUCGUUUGGGCUCUUGUUACUUUUUAGAAGUACGGUGCAGUGGUCAGAUUUAGGUCUCGGAACAAUCGAGUGGAUUCAUGGACCACAGGCACGUCUCCAGCUCCCUGAGACCCGAAGCCCUGGAUGGUAUGCAGCUGCCACCCCCGCUGCGCUGAGACGUCCGUUAGAAGGUCUGCUUGGAGGGCAAACACCAGGCUCUGGUUGGCUAGAGACUGGAGAGGUCCCAAACAAUGUCCCCUAGCCGUCCCUCAGGUCUGGAAAUAAACUCAAAGCGAUUUACACUCAAAAGUUCAAGGGUUAGGGAAGUAGGGGGAGUGGCCGGGAAAGACAGGAAGUGGGGUAGGUGAUGUUAUAUUGAUGUUACCAUGAGAUGAAAUGGAUUGUGAUGCGAAACUGACCCAUAAACCUUCACCAGUACACAAGACAUGCUCAAAAAUUAAAGGUACAAAAAAUUGAAA